UCCUAAUGACGGAUUUGAAACAUUUGAUCUCUCAAUCCAUAAAUCCUGACCAGGACUCCAAUUCAAUCUUCAGCGACGCAAAAUAGUACGGGCUCUGAUCAUGACAAAGCUAUCUUCUUUUGCUAUUGUUUUUACAGCCACUUGUAAAGUCUUGCCCCAUCAUGUUAAUUUAGUCAAUUCUCGAGCAAUGUUAUUAUCACACAGCUCCUCGAUAUUUCUUAUUCAGUAUUACGGACUACUGUCCUUUAGGAAGGCCUGUGUAGUGCUAAGAUAAGUUUAAAACUUAUUAGAAAUAUGUUUAUUAAGUGUAUAAUUUUCGAUUCAGUUAUUUCAAUGUAAUUACAAUGUGACAGCCAUCAACAUACUUUUUUAAAUUAUUGACUUAAGUCAGUUAAAUUUUUGUUAUUUUGGAUUGAUUAAAAUUGAUUGUGAAAAAUGAGUAGCCACUACCAAAUUUGUAUUGAUAAAUUAACACGGUGUAAUUACGUAAACGUUGACGAUGAAGAUGAAAAAUUACAAAAUCUAAAAGAACGACUUGUCGCGCCUAUAGUUUGGUGUCGAUUAUCAUCAGGAUAUAAGAUUGUGGAUUUAACAAGUCAGUUAUAUUUACCCACAUUAGAAUUAAUGAAGAAAUAUUACAUGUGCCAAGAUGUACUGUGUAAAUCGUCUGGGUUAUUAAACGAUUACAUGAGCAGAAGAUCUUAUUACAACGCGUGUUUAUUACAAAUGAAAGAUACGAAUUCUUUAGCCGUAAUCGACGAAGCUGAAAAUAAAGAUGAAUUGGCAGGAAUAUGUUUAUUAAGAGCUGUAAAAAAAGUUGAUUUUGGAAGAGUAUUUAGCAGAACAAUUCUUCAACAGGGCCACUCAUACAAUCUAUGCACCGACAUAAAAACAGCUUUAAACAGGCAAGUCGAUAUUUACGCCGAUUACGAUUGCGAAAUAUUUUUAAGACUCUAUUGUGUGUGUAUGAAUCCGUACUAUAGAGGGAAAGGUUUGGGAUUUGCUUUAAUGAGAACCACGAUUCAAGUUGCUAGGUCGUUGAAAAUUCCAAUAAUAAUGGGCAUUUUUGACUCUUAUCAAAUGCAACAGAACGCCCUCAAACUGGGAUUUUCCGUGGUAACGGAAAUUCAAUAUUCCGAUUGGAAAGACGACACGGGAAAUGUUAUAUUCCAGGAUAUCGGCGAAAGAAACGAAACCAUCGCAUUAAUGAUUGCUAAAAUCAUACCUGAAUUGUACCCUGACUACAUAACCGGAAAUUUCCCCGAACCACCUAAAGAAGAACCUAAAAAAGGUAAAAAAGAUAAGAAAGGUAAAAAAGAUAAGAAAGGAAAAAAAUAAAAAUGAUUACAUCGAUUUAUAUCUAAUUAUGAAUGUCUAUGUUUAAUAAAAAUGGGUAAAAUGGUUAAAAAAGUUUAUCAAUACAAAUGUCGCCAUCGGCGUCAGUUAGCAAAUUGAUGCGAAAACGUAGUCCGCAAAUCGUCCCGGGCUUUGGUUGAGGUCGCGUAAUUUACCCUUCGGCGUUCCAAAUUUAAUGAUCAAUCGGAAAACUCUUCGUUCGACGGUGCAUUUCCCGCAUUUCCCAGUGUCGAUUGUACGUCGAG